UGUCAGUUGAGGCACAGCACUUCUCAAUUGGCCAAUUCGCGAGCUUCCGCGGUGGCAGCCUACCACGAGCCUCCACCGUCUCUAUUUUGAGGGGAAAUGACCAGGGUGUUCUCCCCAAUCUUUCUCUUGUACUGGGGGUAUGUACGUGCUUCAGCUCAACGUCAAUCAGCCCUAAAUAUUUCUUACUUGAUGUUCAUAAUGAUGGCCUCAUCCCGCCGGCCACAAUAUCAACCUUCUUGGUACACUCUUUGAUACACAAGCAUUAUAGAUUCGAAUUGUAUUAUAUUACUGUGCCUCAAAGUUGAUCAGCCAAUUCUUGCGUAGCAUCUUCCUACGCGCUCAUCGCUUCUCGUUUCUCAUUCGUCAAAAACACAAUCUUUUUAGGACACCCCCCAAAUCCCGCAGUGACGGGCGAAUUUGCAACCUCGCUUGAACGCCCGUAUUGAGAUAAAACUCCUAGGUUGACACCUGUUGAGACGAACGCACAAUAAUCACUCUGGCGUGGCGUGGUUCUUAGUAGGGCGGGCAAUUGCUUGCGUCAAGCUACUGGGUCUUCUUAAAUACCCGUAUGAAAGCCCUUUCUCAUCUUUGUCUCAUUUCGCUAAUACAUCCUUUCAGUAUAACUUUUUGAUACUUGUCCAUAGACUUUGUCUAUCACGUGUCAAGAUGGAUACUGCUCAAGAAACAACGAGGGUCGAGUUACCGAAUGGAAUCAAACAGUCCAAAUUAGCAUCAAGGGCUCCCACUCCACUGGAUCUCGACGAUGCCAUUAGAUGGCAAGCCAAAAUGGGGCUGAAGACAUUCGGACAGAGUCUUCACGCCGCUGCACAAGCUCUAUUUCCAAACGAAAAUCGAUCACGGUACUCUAAGGUGUUCGUCUUGAUAGUAGGCUGGGAAACCGAGCCUGCUCUUCCUAUUUCCGGAGAUUUGUCAAGACUGUUUGGUGUUUUUCGAGAUGUCUAUCACUUUGAAACCGAGCUUUGGAAAAUUCCCGACUCUAGCUCUCAACAUGAAGCAAACCAGAAGAUCUCAGAAUUUGUUGGUCUAGGGGGUAAUAGCGAAGACCAUCUGAAGAUUCUUUAUUAUGCUGGUAAUACACUCAAAACGAAUAGUCAUGGGUUAGCUUGGACAAGGUAUGUUGACCAUUGUUUGCCUGCCCCUCGCUGCCCUUUUUCUCCUCAUACAGAUGCUAACUUGCUGCUAGUGGUUACAAAAACUCCAGACAUCGCUUCCCCACGGUUCAGUGGACUGGGCUACAGAACACUCUAGAGGAAGCACAAAGCGAUGUGCUUUGCCUUCUUGACUGCCCUCACACAGGGUCCUCGGAGAGUCACGAAAGAAAAGGAGUUACCGAAAUUAUCUCGGCGUGUUCUUACACAGAUGAAAACAACGGUAUUCGAUCGGGUUGCUUUACGAAGGAGCUUGAAGCCGAGCUUCGAGAAUUGAGCAAUUUGCCAUCUUUCUCGGUUGGGAAUCUCUACCAUAAUAUCUUCUGUCGGACACAAAGCGACGACUCAGAAGAAGGUCGAGAGAAUAUUGCUCCAGUAUAUUUUCCUCUUUCUCAACCAAACCAAGACGCCCCGCGAAGUCUACGUUUGUCAGUUCGCGAAACCCAUACACCUCGCCCGGCUUCGCCUGGAAGCAUCCAUUCCACUAUCGAAAGCGUUCCUUCUUUUCAGAUAUCUUCUGUAAUGGGACAUGGACAAGCACCUCGAAUCGCAUUUGCUAUUCGUUUAAGGGAUCAAUUCAGAAUUGAAGAUUUGUCGUCUAAUCUUUUCUUAAACUGGCUCGAAAAUGUCCCAGCAGCUAUCGACGGUGUAAAGGUCGAAGCAGCGUUCCACAGCUCUUCAUCACUGCUCAUCGUGUCAGUUCCAAUAUGCAUGUCUAUCUACGUUCUCAGAGACAAGGCAAUGACCAAUCUUGGCCCAAUAACGUCGUUUAAUCAAGCCAUCAAUAGAUAUCAGCUUCCACCUACACCAAACCCGGACAAUUGGAUUUGGGAUCGUCUUCCUACCCCAACCAAAGAUAUGCACGGUGAGCCAAGAGUCAAUGGAAAUAAGAAUAGUAUCAACGGUACGAGUGGCGUUCGUUUCAGAAAGCAGUGUAACGGCAUACCGGAUGCAGGAUCAGAUCUCCGACCAAAUUACAACAGAGGAUAUUCUUCCCAACUUAGUGUCGCAAGCAGCAUUACAGAGGAGCCCAACUCUCUUAAUGGGUUUGAUGGAAACUACGAAUCUGAUGAACCACAAGUAGCGUCCCCUCAGAUGCAAUCAGAUGGACAAUUUAACGGGACCAAAUCGUAUCCAAAAAUCGGGUCAUAUAGCGACGAUCCGCACAACAAGACUUUCCCAAGGCUGUCAAAACCAGUUGAGCUCAUGCGUAACUCUUAUGAGUGCGUUGUUAUUGGAUCCGGCUAUGGUGGAGGAGUUGCAGCCAGCCGCAUGGCAAGAGCAGGUCAGAGAGUUUGCCUUCUCGAAAGAGGUCAAGAAAAAUGGCCUGGCGAAUAUCCUAGUGGCUUUUUGGAUGCCGCGAAAGAAUUGCAUGUUUCAGGAAACUUUGCUCCUGGUGCUUUGAAAAGCUCAAAUGUCGAAGGUGGUGAUCCCACAGGCCUGUAUCACCUCAUUGUGGGUAAAGGUCAGAAUGCCUUUGUCGGAAACGGACUCGGUGGGACAAGUUUGCUGAAUGCCAAUGUCUUCCUUGAAGCUGAUAACGGCACCAUGAAUAUGGACGUAUGGCCAGAAGAGCUUCGGGGAGACGACAAACUCAAGAAAUACUACAAACGAGCGGCCGAUGUCCUUCAGCCUACCGAAUACCCGCAUGAUUGGCCGGAACUCCCAAAGUUGUCAAUGCUUGAAAAGCAAGCAGAGUACCUUGGGAUGAAGGAAAAGUUCAGGCGUGUCCCCCAAACAACUCGCUUCGUGGGCGGACCAAAUAGCACUGGGGUUGAGAUGUACCCUUCAGCCCUCACCGGUAUGGAUACCACUGGUGUAAAUGAUGGCAGCAAAUCCAGUACGCUCGUCAAUUAUCUCUCUGAUGCCUGGAACUGGGGUGCGGAGAUGUUUUGCGAAUGCGAAGUCAGAUAUGUUAGGAAACAUCCUGAUCCCGAUCGAGGCUAUCUUGUAUUCUUCGCUUGGCACGGCAGCAAAAGAGGCGUAUUCAAAAAGCAUCUCUAUGAGGAUCUCAUGUGGGUACAUGCAGAGAAAUGUGUAUUCCUUGGAGCUGGUUCUAUUGGAACGACCGAAAUCCUUCUCCGAAGCAAGAAACUUGGUUUGUCUAUGAGCGACAAGGUCGGCACGAACAUGAGUGGUAAUGGCGAUCUUCUCGCCUUCGGUUACAACACCGAUAAAGAAGUCAAUGCCAUCGGUCGACAAUACCCGUCCCCCUACCAUCCUGUUGGGCCUACAAUAACCGGCGUCAUAGACGAUCGCGAGGGUCAUGAAAACCCACUUGAUGGAUAUGUCAUACAAGAGGGGGCAGUUCCAAAGGCACUUUCUCUUCUGUUUCAGACCAUGCUUGAACUGACGCCAGGCACUCAACAUCCCAAAGGGGAUGGAUUACUCGAAAAGGUGCAGGAUGUCAUGGCUCGGGCAGGAAGUCGCUUCCUAGGCCCAUAUUUCAGAAAGGGAAGCAUUGAGAGAACCCAGGUUUACUUAGUCAUGAGUCAUGAUUCUAACCAAGCUAUCUUGACCUUGGAAAAUGAUCAGCCUGUUUUGGAGUUUAUGGGUGUUGCUAGCAGUGGCCACGUCAAGAAGCUGAUGGAAACCUUAGCGAAAGCUACACAAGCAGUCGGAGGUACAUUCGUCAAGAACCCAUUUGAUGGCUAUUUCAAACAGGAAAUCACCGUUCAUCCAAUUGGAGGAGCCUGCAUGAGUAAGGAUGGUACUGCCGCUCAUGGUGUGACGAAUCAUUUUGGAGAAGUCUUAACUGGCCAUGGCAGCGAGGCACAUAGAGGUCUCGUUGUAACUGAUGGAGCAAUUAUCCCCGCUGCUCUCGGAUGCAACCCCUUCGCUACAAUCACAGCUCUUGCUGAACGAUCCGUCGAACAUGCCGCCCACGAUAUUGGUGCAAAGAUUGACUACACGACCAAGAACUAUCAUCUUGAUUUGUUUGGUGCUCCAGGUCAAUACAAAAAACCGAAUGGCUACAGUCCCCGCCAUGACACUUUCCAAAUUGCUCAAGCCAAGAAGCUUGUUGAAGAUACAAACGAAAGAAAAGCAAAUGGCUUUGGGUUUACUGAGGUCAUGUCUGGUUACAUUCACAUUGGUGAUGGAGUUGAGGGCGACAAGCCAGAAGAUUUCGAGACUGCUGCUCGAACGGCACGAGGGCUAUGUGAGGAAGCCAGGUUCAUGUUGAGUGUUCAGGCUUUCGAUACAAACACGAGUAAGUCUGCCCCAUCUUUGCUAAUGACUCCUACUAAUUUCAACAGCUGUAAGAAGAUCCGACCAUAGGGCCAUGCUAACUGGCACUUUCACUUGCGCUGGUUUAAGAGGUAGCCCUUUCUUGGUUCAAAGAGGUGAUUUUCACCUUUUUGAGAUGAGCCAACAGGCACCUGGCACCAAGAAUCUGGUGUACAAGUUUGAUAUGUGGUCCACCUUUGGCGAAAAGUAUCAUUUCCACGGGUUUAAGGUUGUGGACUCUUCUGUUGCACUUGGGCCUUUCCGCUUCUGGGAAGCCACUUCAACAUUAUAUGUCACAAUCUCACAUGCUGGCGAACAAGGCUGUAUACUUGGUCGAGGUAUGAUGCACAUCAAAGCAUCGGAUUUCUUCUCUGAGAUCUUCACAUUGAAGCCAUCCGGAAGAAACAUUCUUGCUAGAUUGCACUCGACAGCCAGCUUCAUGGGAUACUUUGCCCGGCAAUCUGCGAGUCUCUUCCUUGCUCCUUUGGUAUAUCAACAAUACCCUACAGUCACGUAUAAAGGUUACAUCAAUAACACCUCGCCUGAUCGCACCAUUAAGAUUACAGCAUCCGACGGAGUCGAGACUAAACUACAAGUUUGGGAACCUAGAAACCCCAGAAUCGAGACAAAGAACCUCUUCAUGAUUCCCGGAGCAUCGGUCGAUCAUCAAAUCUUCGCUCUUCCAACCAUCGAAGUCAACGCAGUUAACUACUUCACUCAGGCCGGCUAUAGAGUUUUCGUCACUGUGCAUCGAAUCUGCCAAUUAAAAAUCGCAGAAGACAAGUGGACAACCUUCGAUUCACGCCUCGACAUCAGAGCCUGUUAUGAGAAAAUCCGUGCCGAGUAUGGAAAAGAGAAAAUCUAUACCAUCGCCCACUGUAUGGGCUCAGUCGCCUACGCCUGCGGCCUCCUCGACGGUACAAUCCCCGCCGACUGGGUCUUGGGAAUCUCCUGCUCGCAAGUAUUCUUCAACCCCAUCUGGUCUGCCCUGAACAUGGCCAAGGUCCUCGUGGGUCCCAUCCCCUUCGACAAGAUCUACAAGAUGUUCGGCGGGAACUGGUUCUCGUGUCAGAGCACCAAGGACGACUCCUACUUCCAGCAAUUCAUCAACCAAGUUCUGAGAUUCUACCCGGAUACGAGGAAGGAGAUAUGUAACAAUGUGUCUUGUCACCGUUGUUCUCUUGUCUUUGGACGAUUAUGGAACCACAGGAAUCUUAAUGAGAGUACCCAUCGACAAAUCAACCGCUUCUUUGGAGGUGUGAACAUGACACUCCUGAAUACGCUGAUGCAAAUGGGUCGCCGUGGAUUCGUUACGACCAACGCUCCACUCUUCGAUAAUCUUACCACGGACGAGAAUCUGAAGCGGCUGAAGGGUAUCCCCGUGAUGUUGUUCUCCGGAAGUGACAAUGCGGUCCUCACGCCUGAGUCGACGGAGAAAAGUUAUGAGAUACUUAGAGACACUUUUGGAGCGAAGAAUUAUGAGAGGCAUGUUGUGCAGGGGUAUGGACAUCUGGAUUGUUGGAUGGGGAGGGAGGCUUACAAAGAUGUUUAUCCGAUGGUGCGGGAGCAGGUUGAUAAGAUUUGUAGGGGGGAGGAUUAUAGGUAUAUCGAGUAUGAUUGGAAGAAUGAGUGGAAGAAUUGGGGGGAUUUGCCGAAGAGUGGGUAGGCGUCGGUUUUUAUUUUGGUGUUUUCUGUUCUUUUCCUUCUUUUCCGGGAGAUUUUGGUAGAUUUUGGUAGAUUUGGCGUUUUCCUGUCCUUUGCUAAGGCGUUGGGAUAUAUAUACACAAGAAGAUGUGUUGGGACCUGGUAUUAGGCUUUGGUAUAUGGAUCUUUCAUUAGGAUGUAACUUGUAACAAUAGUGUUUUUUUUUGGAAUAUUUUGG